ACAGUCUACCGUUUACCGAUCGAUAAUUUCGUGGAUCAGUCUUAUUAAUUAUGCACGUGUAGUCUGCUUCGAAUUCGCAGCUAGAAUUAAACACACAUUGUAAUAAGUUGUACAUACACAAACACAUUUUUUAGCCGCCUGUGUUGUGUUACGUACGUAUUGUGGUGAGAAGUCAGCAUCAUAUUAUAGAGAGAAAGAUGACGUUUCUGUAAAUUUGGUGACCUUUUUGUUUGCACAUCAAACAGUGUGGUGACCUUGCGACACCGUUCGCAGCCUCGAGGCCUCCAUCCUAUAGCCGGCCUCCGCGGCCGAGUCUGUGGACAUUUGUAUCCAGUCGAUUCGCACCGGGCGAGCUAUCGUGUGAUGUGAUCGGUAGGUACGGUCAGUAUAGCUCAGUAGCGAGGUCGUAUUUAACAACGUCUAUAAACAGAUCACCAGGCGACAGUUUUACUGUGGACAGAGUGGAGGGAAUAUUUUCAUCAUCGGAGACAGAUUAACGUCACUGUCAGUGGAGUAUUCCCGGAGGAAUGAACAAGCACAAACCAUGGAGAUGUGAUUACACGCAUUCGUCGUAUGGCAACGUAAAUUGAAAUACACUGCACUGUAUGUGUCUCGUUUGAAUUGACUCAGAUGAAAUUGCGGAAUUAUUUCAGUUUGACCACAAUGGAUUAUUACUUGUACUCCACCAUCACUGGCCUUGCCUAUUUGUUCUUGUGCGUGGAGAUCAUCUGCUUGUACAUUUUACACUUCAUGGCUGUUCUCUACACAAAGCUGCAUAUGCACAGACACCCAACCAACGUGCUCCGUGAUGACCUGCCUGGAGUGUCGAUCCUCAAACCACUUGUUGGCGUCGAUUCAAACCUUCAAGACAACUUGGAAACAUUCUUCAAACUGGAUUACCCAAGAUUCGAACUGCUGUUUUGUGUACAAGAAGAAAAUGACCCGGCACGCAAAGUGGUCGAGUCGCUAAUGGAAAGAUAUCCACACAUUGAUGCAAGACUUUUUGUCGGUGGCUGUAAAGUAGGAAAUAAUCCCAAACUCAACAACCUGAUGCCGGCAUACUCUGCGUCGCAGUACGAUCUCAUUAUGAUUAGUGAUAGCGGUAUUAAAAUGGUUUACACGGACACAUUAACGGAGAUGGUUUGUAAAAUGACGCCUGAUGUUGGGUUAAUUCACGCUCUUCCAUAUUGCUGCAACAGAAAAGGGUUCGGUGCAACGCUAGAAAAGGCGUAUUUCGGUGGUGCCCAUGGCCGUUUAUAUAUGUGUAUUAACAUGCUUGGUUUCACCUGCGUAACGGGAAUGUCCAAUCUGAUAAGACGAAGUGUCAUCGGUGUUGCUGGAGGAUUCGAAGAAUUGGCCAAGUACAUAUCUGAGGAUUGUUACAUGGGACUUGCUACAGUCAAAAGCGGUCUAAAGAUCAGACUAAGCAGCCUUCCAGCGAUGCAGAAUCCAGGCAACUAUUCAGCCAAGUCCUUCGGCAAAAGAAUGGUCAGAUGGACCACAGUGCGAAGCUCCUCUGUACCUUCCACGAUAUUACUAGAACCGUUUUCAGAGAUGUUAGUGUGUGGUCUCUGCUGCACAUGGGCCGUCUAUUACCUGUUCGAUUGGGACCCCAUACUAUUCUUCAUGCUACAUCUUCUGCAAUGGUUCGUGUUGGAUUAUAUACAGUUAUAUGCUCUACAGAGGGAGCCCUUAAACUUCUCCAAGUUCGACUAUGCCGUUGCCUGGGCCUAUCGGGAGUGCACGACAUUGUGGCACUUUCUUAAAGGCUGCGUGAGGAACAAAGUCACGUGGCGGACGGGCACCUUCAAAGUCAAAUGGGGUGGCUUCCUAGAGGAGGUCUAUUAGACGAGGCUGAAACUAGACCAGUGCUGUAAAGGUUUAAAGAUAAAAGAAGCCUGAGUUAUGCAGAUCAUAUAUUCAUAAAAAAAUAACAACAAACAAAUUACAACAACAUAUGGCCAGUUCCCAAUGUCAACUUCUCCACAGACGACAGUACUGGGUUCGAAUCCCCUCAAAGUUGCUCACAGUUUCCCACGGGCACGAAUAAAUCCAGAAUGCUAUUCAAAAACCUAAAGACAUUUCUAUAAAAUCUACAUGAUCAGAAUGUUGAAUUUCCAAUGAAAAACAUUGCCUUGUUAUUGAACUACCUCAACAAAUUACUAUUUUCAAAUAUUAAUUGAAGAGAAACAUAAAAUCCCACAUUCCAUGAAUAUUGUAAAUCAGGAAAAGACACUUUCUACGGUCAUGCAGACGAUGUACUAUUUUUUCAUGUGUUUUAUUUGUUAGACCACAAAUCAAUAUUUAAUUUCCAUAAUGUAUUCAUCUUUGCCACUGAACUACGAUCUGGAUGAUCAGUUUUUACAAAAUAAUUUAAGACCAUUUGUAUUGCCAUUCCAUAUUUAUUUCGUCCAGAGAACGGACAGCAAACUAAAAUGAUUUAUACACUUAUAUACUAAUGACUUGUAAACAUUAUAACAUUAAUAGCCCCAUACAUUGUACAUGUACAUGUAUAUAGUUUGUAUACGAUUCCUUUUUUGGGUGGCAAAAAAGGGUCCACAUGUAAUUUAGUCUCGAUUCUCAACGUGGUGCUAUAUAAUCUCAUGUUCCGAUAUAUUUAAUCAGUACCCAGACAGCAUCUAAAAAUAGAACCAAAAGCUGACAUAAAAAGCAUUCAGCCAUUACGCGAUUAAUCUUGGAACACGGUUGGAAAAUUGUGUUUUCUUAAUGAGUCACGUGCAUUACUGUAUUGACUUCCAGGCCUGACGUCAAUAGGCUUACUGAAUAACCAAUGCAAGAUAUCGAAUUUCAAAUUGGAUAUUUUAAAAACAAUUUAAGACAAUUCGACCGGAGUCUUUUUUUUAUUAUUUAUAUCAGUUAAAUUAUCUUCUGGUGAUAUGACGCCAAGCAAAAAACAUACUUGUUUCGGAUUGGUCGAACCACCAAAAAUGUACCGGGUCGAAGCCCCAAAACUAAAAUUAAGGUAGUAUUUCAUUGAUUUUGACUUCAGCUGAAUUAUUUUAAAUUUAAUUUAUUUUUUUCGAUAGUCAUAUUGGACCUCUGGUGGACCAAGGUGUAAUAGAUGAAGCCCGGAUGAUAUACAGGUUAUAAUUUGUAACCUGCCCCAAAAUUGGGCGCGAAAUUUCCGAGUGUGUGAUUUGACAUUGGCAUUGUUAGUAAUUGUUCCUGAAAAUGUUUGCAUUAGAAUGCAUAACAUUAGUCUGAACUUUGUAAUAUGUGUGUGAGUGUAAAAAAAAAAAUGAAAAGGGUAAAUUCUAUCGUAGUUUAUAGAACCAUGUUGAGAAGUAUUUUGGGGCAUUUUAUGAAUUUAUGCCAUCAUCUAUAAAUCAAUUUUGAUAAUUCCUUUGAUGAUUUGUGUUAUUUUAUCAACAUUGCAAUAGUUUGUGGAGGAGUUGUGCUAUGUUUUUUUUAAUUAAUGAAGAGGAAUUUAUGAUGAAUUGAUUUUUUACUUUUAAAAAAAUGGUGUUAAAUGUAGCUUCAAUGAUUUUGAUGUAAUCGAUUCAUGAUAAAAAACAUAUAAUUUUGAUUCAUGCAACUAAUUAUCAGGUGACUUUAAAUUUUCAGAAUGCAAUAAAAUAGUUUAUUAUGAUGAUUGUUA